CACUAGUAUUUCGUAUCAUCCUCCCCUGACAGACUUCUGGCUGAUCCUCCCUGAAAUCUCAGAAUACGUCUGAUCUGAUCCCUCCUGGUCUCCGCUUGCCGAAUACCGCAAGCAUCAACUUGCACGAUUAGUCUGCAUCUCGCCCCAUUGGGCUUUUCUGGGCGACAUCGAUCUAUUUCAAAUCGUCCUGUUCGCGGUUCCGUUAAUGCGGGCUACCUGACAGAUUUCGUCACCGCUUGACUUUUUUAACAACUUGGAUAUCUUAUUCGGAGCUAACCGGGGAACCAGAUGCCUCCUAAGACUCGAGCAAAGAAGCCACUGGCAGAUGCCAGCCUCAAUGCGCCUGGAGAACCAUCACCAAUUAAGUCAACCACCAAUUUGCGCAAGCGGACAGUCUUGACGAAAGAAGCCGCCGUGGCUGAAACCCAAAAGACUCAGGGUGGAGCCACUUCGGGUCACAGGACUCGCGGGCGAGCGGCCAGCAAGGUACCGCCUAAGAUUCCUUCUAAGCCUGACGUGCAUGAGCAGCAUGUGCGCCAGGAACCUGGUGAAUCCGAAUCAGUUCUGAACCGACUGAAUGCUCUGGAAAUGGAGCUGCGGACAACACAAACGCGGGUCAACAUGCUGGAAGGGGUUAACUCGAAGAUGCAGGAACAACUAAAGCAGUUGGAAGAGAAGAUUAUGGAAGAUCGAACGGGUUAUGAAGAGCAGAUACGGCAGCUGAAGGCUGAGCUUCGCCUGGACCAGGGCAAGGAAUUCCAGAAGAACAAACGGCGAAGGGAAGAUUCAGUCACACCAUGCAGCAAGCAGCCGGAACUGGUGACGCGUGAUGUUCCAAACACCUUUGGCAGCCCUUUGGAGAGUUCUCCUGCAACUUCAAGGCUAAGCCUACAAGCUCAAGAAACAGUUCAGAAGUACGUUGGUAUUCAUGAAGAACACUCUGGGCUCUACACCAUCUACUUCAACGCCAAUGUUUGCGAUGAUAACGUGGAGGAGGUUCUCAAUGCCCUCCCUUUGGCUCACGCUGACCUUCUUCCAUUCAUCACCUCUAUUUUUAUCACUGGACGCCUCUCUGCUACUGGUCACCCAUCUUCAUCAGAGACACCUCCCCUAGAACAAGCUGCUUUCACUGGGUCAACGCUGCACUUCGCCAGCCGUCUCCCUGCUCUCUCUGGUCUGUCCAUUUCCUACCUGGCGGUCACUGAUGAUGGCGCCAAGUCAAUUGGCACACUUUCGAGCCUGAAGUCGCUGGAGCUUAGCGAGUGCUUGGAUGUCAAGUGCAGCACCCUCUCCAAAAUGCUCCCUGGCCUCACUCAGCUAGAGCAUCUUGGGUUGUCCUCCACUGGCGUAAAAGAGGCAGGGAUGAGGAUCGUGGGUCAGCAUCUCUCCACUCAUCUCAAGUCCCUCAAUGUUGCCUCGUGUGAUGGUUUGACUAAUUCUGCCUUCAAGCACCUCCGCAACUGCAAGCACUUGGAGAAGCUGGACGCUGGGCAUCUGUCGAAGCUAUCGGACGAUGGGCUGCUUCAUCUGGCCAAAGUACCUCUGAAGCAAGUCAUACUGGAGUCGUCUACAAGCGUCACAGGAGCUUGGCUUCAGAAAUUGGACAGGGAGGUGAUCAGCUGCCUCGAGUCACUUGAACUCAGCACCACAAAAGUGACCGACAACGUGCUGCAGCAUCUGGCAGCCAAUGCUGCAGGGUUGAGAAGUCUCCGGAUGCUAAAAUGUCCCAGUAUUACACAGAAUGGGAAAAAUGCUCUAGCCAAGCUGGGUUUGGUCGAGAGCAGCAAGGGAAAAUGGCUGAGGAAGUGACAGCCAAUCACUGACACAAGUUGGCUUGGCCAGGCGGUGGUUUUGCAUCGCAACUGGUGGGCACCAUGAAGUUUGGUGACAACCUAAGGUAUCGGCGCCACAAAAUCUUCCCAUUUCAUCUCUUUGGUCUAGACUGCUGGAGUGGCAAGAAAGAAAUGUUGUGGAUUUUUGUGGUACGUACUUCCUGCAUGG